AUGAUUAAUUCUAAUGAGUGUGCGGUAUCGCUGCAUGACGGUCUGCCCAGAGUGCUGAAUAUCAAGGACAAGCUUCGCCUCCUCUGUAUCCAUUGUGUGUUUGAAUCCUUUUGGAUAACUCAUGAGCUUGUUGAGGUUGUGCAUGAGUCUUUGAAGCAGAUGCAUUGUUCCAGCAGGACAAUUUUUUCAUAG